AUGUCGGACUUCGACUUCGACUUUCGGUUCCCUUCAACUCCGCGCACAUUCGACAGGAUGCCGAGGCCUUACGGGUAUGGAUUGCGAGCGCCGCCAGGCUCAUUCGCGCGAGACGAAUGGCACAACCUGAACGAAGAGUUGACCCAGAACGUGGAACGCGAGUUUCCGCCGUACGCCGAGGACGAAGGCUCUGUAUUCGAGGAGGAUGUCUUUCAAAGCACGACUUCGCUAUUACCCAAACAGGAGCCAUCCGACAGGAAGGUCAAGACCGAAGACGAGAAGAUGGACUUCCCCUCUGAGAUUGCGACGCCUGUGCCACCAAAGAACGAUUACAUGGGCCGUGAAAGUCCAUUUGCAUUGGACUUUCCUCCACACUCAGAGAUGUCCUUUAUUGAGUAUUACCCCCAAGGUGACGCCACCAUUACUUUUCCCAACGAGGCCGGCGAGAUGGAUUCAAUUUCCGGGCUGCAUCCGUGGAUCAUGGAAGAACGCUGCCCGUUACUGGCGCAGUCGUUCGAAGACACCCGCUCUGGUCCACGACUUCACCUGGAGGUCCUCUCUCCAAGAACAGCAAGACCAUUCUUGCGAUAUCUCUACACCGGCUCAUACGCCUUGCCAGGCCGAUCCGGGGAUGUGUACGAAGACGUUCCCACUUCGGUCCUACUGCACUGUGAGCUGUACCGCCUUGGAGAUAUCUACGAUCUCGUGGACUUGAGGCAGCAAGCCAACGUUAAUGUGACCCGCCAGUGUGAGUUUGGAUGUUCAUCUCCAGACAAGCCCAUCGACCUUUGCGCGGCAAUCGAGUACGUUUACCAGCAUCUGCGCGACCACACCGCCCUUCUGGAGACGAUCAUCUGCUACUGCGUGACCUGCUUCUUGCGCCACAAUCUCGAUGACGACGUGGUAUUCCAGGCCCUCGCAUACCGGCUGAGGGAGUUUAACCAGGACUUGUGCCGUGAGAGCAUGAAGAGAGAUUUUGAGGACGAAGCCGCCGCUGCAAUCAUCCGCAUGCCAUUCGAACCUUACAUCCCCGAGACGUACGCCUCACGAGAAGACGUCGGCACCAAUCGACUCAGUGAUGUUGUCUAUCACUUCCACAGCAACGACGACAACGACGAGCCACCGAAGAAGAGAAAGAAGCCUGAGAUGUCGCAAGGACCAGGGAUCAGUGGUAUCUCCCUUGCUCUGCGAUUUCACCAAGAAAAGAAGAGGCGCGAGGCAAAAGAGGGCGAAAAUGCUUCUCUGAGUGAAGAGCCUGACCCUAAGAGGAGAGCAUCUGUGGUAUCGGAAAGCUCAAAUACUGUGGGAGAGACAGGUUCAGAGUCGGAGUAUGAGGUCGUGGCUGGACCCGCGCCUGUUGAAGAGCUAUCGUCGGACAGCGAAUCUGAUGCAGACACCUUGGUGAUUGUGGAGCAUUUGGAAGCUAUUCCAAGCUCUACGAAUCGCACACUGCCGAUCAGAAACCGCAGUGCUGCCAGCUCGAUGACACUGGGCGAGCGGGAGACGACGCAAGAAGCCGACAGCGGAUCAGAAUCGGACUGGACCGUCGUGUGA